GAAGUGGAAAAUAAUCAAACAGUUUAAGCCGAUUUCUAAUUUCGAGAAUUAGAAAGUUAUAAUUAGGAGGGGGGAGGAGAAUUAAAUUUCUAUUAAUUCCUUUCAUUCACCCAAUCUUGCGCGACAUACGAGAUUGACAGUCGAUCUAGAGCCGGCCCUGACGAUCCACGAUGAUGAUCGAGCAACGCAGCUCGCGCGUGUUUUAUUCGCGAUAAGAAUCAAGCGAGUGAAGCGAUAAGCGUGCGAUAACGAGUAGGAGGAGAGAAGGAAAGGAGCACUUUCGGAUCGCGUGGCUGUCAGUCGUGACGUGGUACGCGAUCGGUUACCGUUCCACCUCUGUGAUCAACGUGAUGAUUUGUUCGUGAAGAAAAAAAAAACAGGAUAAACUCUAGGGACAGGGAUACGGAUAUAAGUGCGGGCCGAACAGAAUCGAAGAUGCCAUUGUUCAAGGCGCGGGCCACGUCGAGGUCGCCGAUAACGGAGAAAGCAGCGAACGGCGUGCAGUAUCGCAAUCACCAUCAGGUCGGCGAUGACAACAAUCAUGAUGGAAGCGCGAGCAGUAACGGUACCGGUAGCCGGUCGUGCAAUAAUAACGCUGCUCUUCAGCACGAGCAGACGAGAGCCUCGUCCCGGGACUUGAAGUCGCCCUCGCUCGUCUUCCACUGCCAGCUGGCCCACGGCAGUCCUACGGGACUGAUAUCGGACUUUAGCAAUGUCCGCGAGCUGUACCAGAAGAUCGCCGAGUGCUACGACUUGCCCGCGGAAGAGAUUCUCUUUUGCACACUCAAUACACACAAGGUGGAAAUGACGGAGUUACUAGGUGGCCAAAUUGGUGUGGGUGACUUCAUAUUCGCACAUAAAAAAGGUCGGCCAAAGGAAAUCGAGCUGAUGAAGACGGACGACGCAUUGGGCCUGACUAUCACUGAUAAUGGCGCCGGUUACGCAUUCAUAAAGCGUAUAAAGGAGAACUCCAUCAUUGACAGAAUAAAGGUGAUCGAGGUGGGCGAUCACAUCGAGAGGAUCAACUCGACCAGUCUUGUGGGCAAACGACACUUUGAAGUGGCUAGAAUGCUAAAAGAUAUACCAAAAGGUUCGGUAUUCACAUUGAGGCUGGUGGAGCCGCAGAAGAAUGGCUUCAGCGGCAUCGGACCACGCGGUGAUCCCAAGAAGGGGAAGAAAGUCGGCUACGGAUCCGGCAAAGAGACUCUAAGAUUCAAAGCUGACGGUAGCACGCAGAUCAUACAACAAAUUGAUGAUGCGGCUGCGCUGGGUGUCGAGAAGAUCAACACCAUCUUGGAAAGCUUCAUGGGAAUCUCUGAUACGGAAUUAGCCACGCAAAUCUGGGAGCUGGCCGAAGGCAAAUGCAACAGCAUAGACUUCGCUGAGGCGAUAGACAAUUCCGACUUGGAAGACUUUGGCUUCACCGACGAAUUCGUGAUCGAAUUGUGGGGCGCCGUGACGGAUGCGAGAGCAGGUCGGCAUCGAUGACGCGAGGAUCAGAUGACGAGAUGAUGAGAUAAAAAGAAGAUAAAUUGCCGAGAUCUUCGUUGAAACGAAAUUUUGGACGGAAUUAUUCGUAAAUGAGUGCUUUUCUACGUGAAAAAGUGGCAUUGCUUGAUCCUCGUCUGUUACCAUGAUUCUAGAAGCCUGAUGCUUAACGCUAGUCGUGGUCCUCGAAAUCUCCGUGUUUAUUAAAAAUUUUGAAUCGGUUUGCAAAUAUAUCAAUACGAGAAAAUCGAACAUUCGAUAGCAAAAAUGCAGGACGAAAUCUGCAAUAUUUUAUAUCGCAUCGUAUAUUGUGUCAUAUGGCAAGCGCAGAAUCAAAAUUUGAAGACAAAAAUAGAUGCAAUGGUUUUUCGGAGAUUGUGUGUUGUAAAAAAUUAAACUUUUGCUAUAGGGAUGUUAAAAAAAAGUUUUAUUGUUAAGAU